UAAGAGAACUUGAAUAGUGGGUUAAAUCAGUUGAGACAGCCUAUAAUGCAGUCAACCAUGAAGCACCCCAGCUCACAAUGACCACUGAUGCUUCAAAAAAGGGGUGGGGCUGCACACUAGGGGGCACUUCAACAGGUGGCAGCUGGACCUCAGAUGAGGCAGAAAGCCAUAUAAACUAUCUAGAAACAAGGGCAGUCUUUUUUGCCUUGAAGUCCUUUGAAAAAACAAUAWCAGGGAAAACAAUCAAAGUGUUGGCUGACAACACAACAGCAGUUGCUUGCAUAAACCAAAUGGGAACUUGCCACUCUAUAGAUAUWAACAGAUUAGUUAUUGAAAUCUGGGAGUGGUGCAUAUCACACAAUAUCUGGCUAACUGUAUCCCAUAUCCCAGGAAAGGAUAACAUAUCUGCUGAUGCAGAAUCAAGAAAAACACGAAGGGAAACUGAAUGGAGUUUAAACCCCAGAAUCACCACCAAGGUUUUUGAUAAAAUGGGCAUUACCCCAGAUAUUGAUUUAUUUGCAUCCAGAAUAAAUUCUAAAUGCAACAAAUAUGUUUCCUACCACCCAGAUCCAGGGSCAUGGGCAGUGAAUGCAUUUCAUAUAUCAUGGGAAAAGCUAUGUUUUUAUGCCUUCCCCCCUUUCUGCAUAAUCCAAAAAGUACUAAGCAAAAUACACGAGGACAAAGCUACAGGCCUUGUAAUUGUACCUCACUGGCCAACUUAACCAUGGUUGCCAUACUUAGCUAAUAUGCUUAUUGCAUCUCCUGUCAUCUUACCUAGGGAAAAAGACACUCUUUGGUUACCGGCACAACCACAACUGMUUCAUCCAUUACACAAGACACUGACUCUUCUGUUAUGCCACUUAUCGGGACACGACUCACUCAUCAGGGACUUUCAGACACAGCUUCCAACAUUAUCCUUCAAGCCUGGCGAACUGGAACUCAGAAACAAUAUAAAUCAUACCUCUCACGAUGGGAACAGUACUGUAGUGAACAACAAAUUGAUCCAAUUUCGUCCUCUGUAACAAACGGGAUAAACUUCUUGGGCGAACUUUACGAAAAGGGGCUCUCCUACAGUGCCAUUAAUACUGCACGCUCUGCACUGUCGACAGUCAUCUCACCACCCGAGGGCUGUACCUUUGGUGACCAUCCAUUGGUAACCAAGUUUUUAAAAGGAGUUUACAACAUACGACCAUCCUUCCAACGAUAUAAAGAAAUUUGGGAUGUAUCUACAGUACUGAAAUACUUAAAAACCUUGUCACCUCCACACUUGCUUAACUUGAAGGAUCUGACACUCAAGAUAACAAUGCUUAUUGCACUCCUGUCUGGGCAAAGAUGCCAAACUCUACAUGCUCUUAAUAUCUCACAGAUGACACUUUCAGGAACAACAUGUAUAUUCCACAUACGAGAACUAUUGAAAACCUCUAAACCAGGAAAACACUUUGGUCGCCUGGAACUCAAAGCUUUUGAUGAGGACAACCAACUGUGUGUUAUAACUUUCUUACGAGAGUAUGUUGAGCGCACUAAGUUGCUAAGGGGCGCUYACGACCAAUUGUUAAUUAGUUAUUGUAAACCAUUUAAGCCUGUUUCCUCUGAGACCAUCAGUCGCUGGCUAAGAGAGGUGUUAAAGAACUCUGGCAUUGACACUUCUAAAUUUAGUGGACACAGCACAAGGUCAGCCUCAACAUCAGCAGCAACAGCAGCCAAUGUCUCAAUACACACCAUCAUGGAGGCUGCCGGUUGGUCAAAUGCUGAAACUUUUAGGAAGUUUUACUGUAAGCCAGUUACAAGUCGUAAAUCAGACAACUUUGGUGAUAAUCUUUUAAAAUCAGUUAACGUUCAUUAAACCAAUUUCGUUUAUGUUCGUAAUAGCAAACGUGUGGUUCGUAUGCAUAACAAUAUGCUCAUAGCCAUUUGCUUUAAAAUCUCACGUGACUUCGUAGCGACUUAGACCAAUGACGAAGUAGAAUUAGAAAAUUAAACGAGACUUACCUGUAAGGURAAGUUUGAUUGAAAUUCUACGAGUUAUUGGUCAGGAGCGGAGAAGUCACGUGCCCAACCCUUCUUUGACAAUAAUAAUUUCCAGCUUCUACCCUACCCUAAUACGAGUAGAAAUGUCUAUUCGCAUUUUUU